AUGGAACGGCCCUACAGCCCGAACGUGCACGCCGCGCUCGCGGCGAUGAACCACAACGCGAUCAACUACGACCUGUGCGUUCAGGUGAUCCAGCUCGCGAUGACGAUGACGCCGGCGACGCGGGCGGAUUGGGUCAACGCGGGCGGCGGCGGCGCGAUGGACGCGAUCCUCGUGUUCCUCCCGGGCGUGAAGGAAAUCGAGACGUUACGAAAGGCGUUACUCGACGUCCCGAACGGCCCGUUCGAGCUCGAGCCGCAGAGGAGCUGGAUCAUGCCGCUGCACGGGACGCUGCCGCACGAGGAGCAGGCGGAGGUGUUCAAGCGCCCGCCGCCAGGCGCGUUCUAUACACUGGUCCCCAUACGACCCCGUCGCCGUGGGUGCCGCAAAAUCGUGCUGUCCACGAACGUCGCGGAGACGUCCGUGACGAUCGACGACGUCGGGUUCGUGGUCGACACCGCGCGACACAAAGAGAACAGGUACGACCCGGACCGCAGGAUGAGCUCGCUGCAGGACGCGCUCGCGCCGAGGGCGAACUUGAAGCAGCGGAGAGGCCGCGCCGGUCGCGUCGCGCCGGGCGUCGCCUUCCACUUGCUCACGCGGCACCGCGCGGACGUCAUGGCGCCGCCGCAUCAAGAGCCGGAGGUUCGAAGAGUCGCGCUCGAGCAGCUCGUGCUUCGAAUUCGCGCGCUGCCGGUGUAUCGACAGCGCGGCACGUCCGCCGCGGAGGUGUGCGCGCGUCUGUUGGAGCCGCCCGCGGUGGACGCGGUGAACAAAGCCGUGGAGGAGCUCGUGUUGUUGGAGGCGAUGACGCCGCAGACGGCGACGAAGCGAGAGGACCUGACCCCGCUCGGGAUACACCUGUCCGCGCUGCCGAUCGACGCGCGUCUCGGAAAGCUAAUCUUAUUGGGCACCAUCUUCGGCGCGUGCGACGAGGCGCUCGUCGUCUCAGCGGCGUUGUCCGUGCGGUCGCCGUUCGUGUCGCGCGCGGACGACCGCGCGAAGGGCGAGGAGAACAAGAAGCGGUGGGCGAAGCGAUCGGGGGUAUCGUCCGACCACGUCGCGGUGUUGCGAGCGUACGCGAGCUGGGACGCGCUCGGGAAGAGCGCGGACCGGAAGCGGUGGUGCAGAGACAACAUGCUCGGCAACCGAACGCUGCAGCAGAUGGCCGGGCUGAAGCGGCAGCUUCUAGAGGCGUUGUCCUACUCCGGGUUCGUUCGCGGGGGGCUCACCGUGAAGUCGUUGGAGGAGGACGCGAACGCCGCGGACGGCUCCGACGGCGUUCGCCUCGCGCUGGAGCGACCGUGGCCGGGCGGCGCAUCGGAGCGCUUCGCGAGGGGCGGCGGCGGCGGCGACGGCGACGGCGACGGCGACGGCGACGGCGACGACGCCGCGACGCGACGCCGCCGUUCCGCGUUGUUGUGCUCCCUCCUCUGCGCCGCGCUCUACCCGCAAAUCGCGACGCUGCACCGGCCGCCGCUCAAGCCCGAUCAACGGCGCGGCGCGGACCGCGCCCCCCCGAAGGUUUUCGUCCGCGAUCGCGCCGGCGCCGACGCCGCGCCGGAGCAGGUGAUGAUUCACCCGUCGUCCGUGAACGCGAAGGCUGAUUCGGGCGGCUGCGGCGCGAACGGAUUUCGCACGCCGUUCCUCGCCUACCACGACCUCGUGCGCACGAGCAAGGUGUUCAUACGCGAGACGACGCCGGUGCCGCCGCUCGCGUUGCUGUUGUUCGGCGGCGCGCUGCAGGUUGGUGACGUGGACUUCCCCACGCCCGGCGCGGACGCGUGCUUAGUCGUCGACGGGUGGAUUCGGUGUCGGACAUCGGCGCCGGCGCAGCGGCUGCUGUUGGAAGUUCGAGCCGCGCUGGAUGGGAUCUUGAAGCGGAAGAUUCGAUCGCCGGAGCGGCCGCUCAGCGCGGCGUCGCGGGGGUUGUUAGACGCGGUCGUGGAGUUGGUCUCCGAGGACGUCGCGACGUGGUGA